UCAAUCAGGCAAUGUUCAGAGCAGAGAUGAUGCUUCCCAACCCAUCAGCCCUCCCACAGCUCCACCUAAACCGCAACAACUCGCUGGUGACAAAACAAAGGAACAACUCUUUAGUAUUAUGGAGUCCAUCUGUGCUCUGGUUGAUUCCAUCCCUGAGCAUGAACUAAUCGCUUUGUCCUGUGGGGAUGAACUUUUGCUAAAGAGGGCCCAAAGGAAGAGGAUUUUAGCUUGUGGGACUGAUUCUUUGAGCAGGAGGACACAGCAGCCAGACAGUACAGGGAUUUCUGGUUCUUUCAAAGAAACCUUUUCCAUCUGUGGUUCUUCCACUACAAUGUCCCCCAGCACUUCCCUGCCUUUAGACACUAAAAGGUCCAAACAGCCUCAAAGAUCUUCAGUCAUCUCUAUUGACCAUGACUCUGACUGCUUUGAUGAUUCCAGUUUAAAACCAUGGCAAAGGCGAGAUAGCAGGAAAAUAUAUGUUGAAGAUGACAGUGUUUGCAACUCUCCAUCAGCAAACAGCUUCACAAAACCACCAGUUAAUAUAGAGAAAUCAAGCUCUGACGCUAAUGAUGCAAAUCUUUCAUUCCCAACCACGUUAGAUUAUGUGCAAGAAAAAUCCAAAACCCCAUCACACACAGCCGCGACAGACUUUGAGGAAGAUGGCUUUUACAUGGACGAUUUUGAUAUAGAUGACUUUAAUGAUUCUGACAUCCCUGAUUACUUUGAUGAACCUCAAACUAAGAAUGUAACUAAAAAUCUAAGCACUCCAUCUGCUGCUGUGAAAGAAGAGGGAGCAAACAAGUCGUCUUGGAACAAGAAACCAGUUUCUCCUGUUGCUGCUUCAAAGCCUCAGAAGAUUUAUUCACCAGAGCCCAACUUUAAAAACCCAGCUCAUGAUCGCUUUCGAGGCUUUAACUUCCCCUAUUCACAGGAGAUGAUGAAGAUCUUCCAUAAACGAUUUGGACUCCAUCAGUUCAGGUUUAAUCAGCUGGAAGCAAUCAAUGCUACUCUUCAAGGAGAAGACACAUUUGUUUUAAUGCCAACAGGUGGGGGUAAAAGUUUGUGCUACCAAUUGCCUGCAUGUGUCUCACCUGGAGUCACUGUUGUCAUUUCUCCGCUUAAAUCUCUUAUUGUUGACCAGAUCCAGAAGCUCACCACGUUAGAUAUUCCAGCAACAAGUUUAUCUGGUGAUAAAAGUGACAGUGAAGCGGGAAAGAUUUAUAUGCAGCUCUCCAGGAAAGACCCGAUCAUUAAGCUGCUGUAUGUAACGCCAGAAAAGGUUAGUGCAAGCAACAGGUUGAUCUCAGCUCUGCAAAACCUGUAUGAGCGAAGCCUUUUAGCCCGCUUUGUGAUUGAUGAGGCACAUUGUGUCAGUCAGUGGGGCCAUGAUUUUCGCCCAGACUACAAGAAGUUGCACGAACUACGUCAGAAGUUCCCCAAAAUACCGAUGAUGGCUCUAACAGCCACCGCCACCCCCCGUGUCCAAAAAGACAUUCUCAACCAGCUAAACAUGAGUCGACCUCAAGUAUUUACCAUGAGCUUCAACAGAACAAACCUCAAGUACUCCGUGUUGCCCAAGAAACCCAAAAAAGUUGAUGAGGACUGCAUCAGCUGGAUCAAGAAGCACUACCCACGUGACUCUGGCAUUAUCUACUGCCUGUCCCGUAAUGACUGCGAUGCCCUGGCAGACAGUUUGAAGAGAGCAGGAAUACAGGCUCUGUCAUAUCAUGCUGGCCUCAGUGAUGGCGACAGAGAAUAUGUGCAGAGCAAAUGGAUCAAUCAGGAUGGCUGCCAGGUGAUCUGUGCCACCAUAGCCUUCGGCAUGGGAAUAGAUAAGCCUGAUGUGCGCUACGUGAUCCACGCCAGUCUGCCUAAGUCAAUGGAGGGUUACUAUCAGGAGUCAGGAAGAGCCGGCAGAGAUGGCGAGAUCUCGCACUGCAUUCUGUUUUAUUCCUACACUGACGUCCACCGCAUCAAAAGGAUCAUCAGCAUGGACAGAGAAGGUGACAGACAUGCAAAGGCAACUCAUUUCAGCAAUCUACACAGCAUGGUGCACUUCUGUGAAAACGUGAUGGAGUGCAGAAGAAUCCAGCUGCUCGCGUACUUUGGAGAGCUGAAGUUCAACAGAAACUUCUGUAAAGAACAUCCGGAUGUCAGCUGUGAUAACUGUGCCAAACCAAAUCAAUACAAACAGAGGACGGUGACCGAUGAUGUGAAGAAGAUUGUGAGGUUUGUCCAGGAGAACUGUGAGAAAGUCGGAGCAAGGUUUGGCAAGACUCCUCAGCAGAGCCGACUGACCCUGAACAUGCUUGUGGACAUUUUUAUAGGGGCUAAAUCUGCCAAGAUACAAACAGGAAUGUUUGGGAUGGGAGCUGCUUACUCACGCCAUAAUGCAGACCGUCUUUUUAAGAAAUUAGUUCUUGAUAAUGUUCUAGUUGAGGAUCUCUACAUUACCAACAAUGGCCAAGCUGUGGCUUACAUCUCUGCAGGUCCAAAAGCCAUGAACAUACUUUCUGGGCAAAUGGAGGUGGAGUUCUAUGAGACAGAGAGCGCAUCCAGCAUCAGGAAGCACAAAGCUUCUGCCUCCAAGAGUGUCUCCAAAAGAGAGGAGAUGGUUCAGGAAUGUCUGAAGGAGCUGAUCGAUCUGUGCAAGCAGCUGGGCAAAGCAUUUGGUCUUCAUUAUUACAACAUCUUCUCCACUGCCACCUUAAAGAAGAUAUCUGAGAGGCUUUCUUCUGAUCCAGAAGUCCUCCUACAAAUUGAUGGUGUGACGGAGGACAAACUGGAGAAGUAUGGAGCUGAGGUCAUUAAGGUGCUUCAGAAAUACUCUGAAUGGCAGCUCACUGUAGAAGAGCAGACUGAAAAUCCAGGAGAUGGCUGGAUAGACACCAGACGCUCAGAAGAUGAGGGUAUGGAGUCCUCCACCUACUUCUGCAACCAGCCUGCUCAGGGACAGAAGAGGAAGAAGGCUCCAUUCUUCAAGUAUUCUAAGAAAAGAAAAGGAUAUGGAAAACAAAGCUACUCUUCUAAGGGUCGUGGAUACAGCUCCACUGAGUCCUCGUAUUCCGGUUCCAGGGGUGGCUCCCAAAGCGCAGGCCGAGGGUCUAGGAAUGCUGCAGGAGAUGCACGAGGAGGCAGGACACCAGGAAUCCUGUCGGCCCCGACACCUCGAAACAACCAGCGUCCCUUUUUGAAACCAACCUAUUCUCACAUGAGCUAAAAGCUGCUUAAAUCGCAAACCCGUCGGUGUUCAGCUAGUUUAAAGUUGUGCAACAGCUUUUAAAUGUGAGAACUGUACAUAAUAGUCUUGUUCCCAUGCUAAAUGUUUACAUACAUGUAAUUGUUGUAAAUUGAUGUGAUAUUUAAAGUGUUAUGGAUCAGUGAGUUUCUUUUGACUAAUCUUUCACUUUUUGUAAUAAAGAAUAUGUAGAAUAGAA